CUCUUAAAUUUCCAAGCGAAGUUUCCAGUUGCAGGUGCAGCAGACUUUGUCCGUGCUCUUUUCCCUUCUCUUUUUCCCAUUUGGACCGGACAAGCGAGCUCCACCAUGUCUGGUACCCAAAGUAGCUGUAGCAAAACCAAAGCCGAGCAAAGUAGCCAGGCACCGGAACCAGGCAAUAGUCCCUGAAACUAAUUAAACCCACGUAAGCAUCCCAUCACUGGCCCUCCCUCCCCUCCUCUCUCUCUCUCACCCCGCCCACAAAGAAAUUCCACGCCCUCCAGGCCGUCUGACGAUUCGCCUCCUAGGUUUUCCCAUUCCUCCCAUCCUCACCUCCGCAUGCUCCGGUGUCCAGAUCCCCUCACUCUCAGAAGUCAAUACUCCUCAAAGUCCCCUUCUUUAUUCACCCUCUCCAUCUCCAAAAUCCCACCUCAUGCUAACCAUGGGAUGACAUGAAACAACCCAUUCCCAUCCAUCCCUCUCCCCAUCCUUCCUCUCCAGAAAGAAAAAUUCAAUAGAAAAAAAAAAAGGAAGAAAAACAAUAUCUAUCUAAAUCCAUACUGUUGGAGAAUGGAUCACUCGAAGAAUCACAGUCAACAUCUGGGCGUUAACAAGCUGGGCAAGAACAUCCGCAAGAGCCCCCUCCACCAGCCCAGCUUCGCCGCGAACGCAAAGCCGCAAUAUCCGCAGCAGCAGGCGCCGCCCGCUCCGCAGCCCCAGGUGUACAACAUCAGCAAGAAAGACUUCCGCAGCAUCGUCCAGCAGCUCACUGGCACCCCCUCCCGCGACCCCCCCGCCGGUAGCAACCCCGCUCCCCUCCAAAAUCCCAAUAACCCCGCCUUCUUCCCUCGGCCAUUCCCCUCCGCCAGCGGCGCCGGCCCCGCCUGGGCCGACUCCCCGGUCACCGCCUACAUGCGCUACCUCGAGAGCUCCGACACACCCCGGCAGCCCCAGCCCCAGCCUCCUCCCUUCCCAUCCCCUGGCCUCCUCCCUUCCCCGCCCUUCCCCGCCUUCCCAUCCCCGAGAGCCAACGCCCCGCCGCCCCUGCUGCCGUCGCCGGGGUCGCAGUUCGUAGCGCCGUCGCCGACCGCUUUCCUGAACAUGCUGUCGCCCAAGUCGCCCUACCCGCUGCUGUCCCCCGGGUUCCAGUACCCUCCACUGCUGACCCCCAACUUCGCGUUCUCGCCCAUGGGCCAGGCGGGGAUAUUGGGGCCCGGGCCGCAGCCACCGCCAUCUCCAGGGCUCUUUUUCCCGCAGUCGCCCUCGGGGUUCCUCCCCAUCCUGAGCCCGAGAUGGAGGGACAUGUAGCAGUUGACAGACUUCUCUCCUCCCUCUGUUACGAUAGCAAGACUUCCUUCCUGUAUCCAAUUGUGGAUGGUGUAACAAUACAAGUGUCUUAUGCUUUGACUAAUAUCCCAAGAAAAAUUAUGAAACAAAGAUAGAAGGUAACUAUUUGUUUACGAAAGCAGGUGUUCAUUUCUCUCUCUCUCUCUGGAGUAGUAGGUGGCCUUCUGGGUGUUCAGUUCCAUGGAGGUACAGCGGGAAUCGAGGUAGGUGCCGUGCUGUAUACGUUUAGUUCCUUUUAAUUUCUGAAGUCUGUCGCUAAAUGCUUGUAUGUAACUCUGUUCCUGGAUAUAUUGAUUUCAUUCACUUGAAGACCAUAAAUGUUGUAAUGUGAUUUUCACUUGUCUAUCCUUUCCAUAAUGUCUGGGAUCAGGUUAUUUAUGGUCG